GAUCCUUCAGCUCCUCCUGCUGGUGUUCGUUCUACAACACAUAUUCGAUCCUCAAAAAGGAAAGAUAUGGAGCCACGUGCUCCAUGUUGGAAGCAGUUCUCAAAGUUCAAUGACAAGGACGGCAAUAAGAAGUCAAGGUGCGACAUUUGUGGGAUUGAGUAUGAUGCUGAUCCACAAAAGAAUGGAACCAAUGCCAUGAAUGCUCACAUGCGAAGAGGUUGUAGGAGCAUAAAAGGUACCACUCAGCAACUAUUGAACUUAGAGAAAACUGGGAUUGAGAAUGAGGGUGCUUUAACUAACUGGAAAUUUGAUCAAGAAGCUAUAAGAAAGGGAUUAGCUUACAUGAUCACUGUUGAUGAGCUUCCGUUCAAAUUUGUGGAGGGGAUGGGGUUUAAGUACUUCAUGUCACUAUGUUGCCCUAGGUUUAAUAUUCCUUCUAGAAGAACAAUGACUAGGGAUUGUUUUGGUUUCUAUGGUGAGAUGAAAGACAAGUUGAAAAAGUUUUUUCAAAGUUGCGAAGGAAGUGUGUGUUUGACUACUGAUGCAUGGACUUCAAACAAACAAGAUAGCUUUAUGUGCUUGACUGCUCACUUUAUUGAUCAAGAUUGGAAGUUAAGAAAGAAGAUCAUAAAUUUUGGUGAACUUAAAGGUCAUAAGGGAGUGGAUUCCCAUUAUACUACUUCUAACUUGUUUCUACAAGAAGUGCAUUCCCUAUAUCAUUUGAUUAACAAGUGGGUGGAAGAAGUUGAAAAAGAUUAUGACUUGAGUGUCAUGGCUAAGAAGAUGAAGCUAAAGUAUGAGAAGUAUUGGGGUGAUGUUGAUAAAAUGAACAAGUUACUCUACAUUGCCACUGUAAUGGACCCGAGGUACAAGCUGGGAUUUCUGGAGUACGGGUUGAAGAGGGUCUAUCCUGAAGAUGGCAAGGGAGGACGUAUGGCAGAAGAUGUGCGCAAGGCGACAUUUGAGCUCUUUGCUCACUAUGAACAAGUGUGGAAGUCAAAACAACAUAAGGGUGCUUCUACUGCUACUUUGACUCCUAUUGUGGAGGAGUGUGGUAAUGAUGUGAUUGAUGUUCUUGCUGAGUAUAAACGACAUAGAGAGCAAAUUGAUGGGGUGGUGAACAAAUCUGAGCUUGAAAGAUACCUUCGUGAAGCUGAUGAGCCGAUGGAGAUGAACUUUGAUGUAUUAGGUUGGUGGAAGGUUAAUUGUUCGAGGUUUCCAGCCCUUUCUAUGAUGGCUAAGGAUGUUCUAGCGGUCCCAAUUUCUACCGUUGCAUCCGAAUCUGCAUUUAGUGCCGGUGGGAGGAUUCUCGAUGAUUUCAGAAGUUCAUUGACUCCUAGAAUAGUGGAGGCCUUAAUUUGUAGCUCAGAUUGGAUUCGAGGUGAUUCUAGACCAUCAUUAGAUGAGGAGGACGCGGAAGAGGUUGACAAAAUAGAUGAAGAAUUGAACAAGUUGAUGGAUGCAAUAUCCAUUAGAGAUAACCUUGUUUCAUCUACUUCCACUUCGAAUGUAACAAGUGGUCGUACCGAUGGCGAUGGAUCUAGUAGUGGUUUUUGUGAUAGUUCCGAUUUCAUGCAUGAUUGAUCUCACAAGUAGGUAAUCUUAACUUUUUAGAGCAAUGGUUUUAUUCUAUUUGUAUUUAUCUCUAUAUUUAUUCAUCACUAACCAUUUUUUUCAUGUAUAAUUCUUAGGCCUUGGCUAGCAAAGGAGUCAAUUGUCCAAGAUUGAAGAAACAAGAAGUAAGGAGCAAUGAAGAACCAAGAGAUGAUAAAUGGACUUUGGAGUU